GAGAGUAGAAAGAGAAACACAAAACCUUUAUCUUACUUUCUCUCUCCUCCGCUCUUGUUCUAAAUAAAUAGUCCUCAUUUUUUUUCAUUUAUUUUUUGAGUAGCCUUCUUUUUCAAGCUUUUGAAACCCUAGAAAUUCUCGAACUUCGAGCCUCCAAAAUAUAAACCCUAGAAAUUUCCAACUUUAAUUUGCUUAAAAUCUUCUCUCUCUUCUAUUUCUCUGCUCAAUUCAUUCAUGCUCUGAGGAUAAUUUUCUCUCUCUAGAUUUUUUCCCUCUGGUUCUGAUCUGAAUUUGGGGGUUUUUGAUUUUUUGGGAAAUUAAAGAAAUUUGAUCUGUUAAUUUGAUCUGAAUUUCUGGAUUAUUUCGGGGAUAAAAUGUCGUCGUUAAGCCGGGAAUUGGUGUUUCUUAUACUCCAAUUCCUUGAAGAAGAGAAAUUCAAGGAGUCCGUUCACAGGCUUGAGCAAGAGUCAGGAUUUUUCUUCAAUAUGAAAUACUUUGAGGAGAAAGUGCAAGCAGGGGAGUGGGAUGAGGUUGAAAAGUACUUGUCUGGCUUUACCAAAGUGGAUGACAACAGAUAUUCAAUGAAGAUAUUCUUUGAGAUUAGGAAGCAGAAGUAUCUCGAAGCUCUUGACGGGCAAGACAAGUCCAAGGCGGUUGAGAUACUUGUUGGUGAUUUGAAAGUAUUUUCGACAUUCAACGAAGAGCUCUACAAGGAAAUCACACAGCUCUUAACUCUAACUAACUUCAGGGAAAAUGAGCAGCUUUCAAAGUAUGGUGACACCAAAACUGCUCGUAACAUAAUGUUGGCAGAGCUUAAAAAGCUGAUAGAAGCAAACCCGCUUUUCCGUGACAAGCUGGUGUUCCCGACUCUGAGAUCGUCAAGACUGCGUACACUAAUUAAUCAAAGCUUGAAUUGGCAGCAUCAGCUUUGUAAGAAUCCCAGACCAAACCCUGAUAUCAAGACAUUGUUCACUGAUCAUACGUGCACUCCUCCAAAUGGAGCUGUUGCACCUGCUCCUGUAACUCUUCCAGUUGCUGCUGUUGCAAAGCCUGCUGCUUAUACACAGCUAGGAGCUCAUGGUCCAUUCCAGCCUACACCCGCAGCUGCUGCAGCUAGUGCUAAUGCUUUGGCUGGUUGGAUGGCAAAUGCUGCUGCAUCCUCUUCUGUCCAAGCUGCAGUGGUGACUGCAUCAUCCAUUCCUGUGCCCCCAAAUCAAGUCCCAAUCCAUAAAAGGCCAAGAACACCGCCUACAACACUUGGCAUGGUUGAUUAUCAGAAUCCUGAUCACGAACAGCUGAUGAAACGUCUUCGUCCUGCACAAUCUGUGGAGGAGGUUACGUAUCCAACACCCCGCCAACAAGCUUCUUGGUCUGUGGAUGACCUCCCAAGAAGGGUGGCCUUUACUUUGCACCAAGGCUCUACUGUUACAAGCAUGGAUUUCCAUCCUUCUCACCCCACAUUGCUGCUUGUUGGUUCAUCUAGCGCGGAAAUUACUCUUUGGGAGGUUGCGUCACGUGAGAAAUUGGUGUCAAAGUCUUUCAAAGUUUGGGACAUGUCUUCAUGCUCUUUACAAUUCCAGGCUGCCUUUGUCAAAGAUGUAAUAUCAGUCAGCCGAGUUGCAUGGAGUCCUGAUGGAAAUUAUCUGGGAGCUGCCUUUAGUAAGCACUUGAUCCAUUUAUAUGCUUAUUCUGGACCAAAUGAUCUUCGACAACAGUUGGAGAUUGAUGCCCAUGUUGGUGGGGUGAAUGAUCUAGCUUUUGCUUAUCCUAACAAGCAACUUUGUGUCCUAACAUGUGGAGAUGAUAAGAUUAUUAACGUUUGGGAUUUAUCAGGAAGAAAGUUAUUCAAUCUUGAAGGCCAUGAAGCACCUGUUUACUCAAUAUGCCCUCAUCACAAGGAGAACAUUCAGUUCAUUUUUUCAACUGCAUUUGACGGGAAGAUUAAAGCUUGGCUGUAUGAUAAUACUGGGUCUAAAGUUGACUAUGAUGCUCCUGGACACUGGUGUACUACAAUGCUUUACAGUGCUGAUGGAACUAGAUUAUUUUCAUGUGGAACUAGUAAAGAUGGAGAAUCUUUCCUGGUUGAGUGGAAUGAGAGUGAAGGGGCAAUAAAAAGAACAUACACUGGAUUUAGAAGGAAAUCAAAUGGCGUUGUGCAAUUUGACACAACACAAAAUCAUUUUCUAGCUGCAGGGGAAGAUCAUCAGAUAAAGUUUUGGGACAUGGAUAAUGUCAGUGUACUCGCUCAAACAGAUGCAGAGGGAGGGCUUCCGAAUCUUCCACGGCUGAGAUUCAACAAGGAAGGGAACCUUCUUGCUGUUUCCACUGCAGAUAAUGGAAUCAAAAUUCUCGCAACUGCAGCUGGUCUUCGUUUAUUGAGGACUGUAGAAGCCCCACAAUUUGAAGCGUUGAGGACACCUAUUGAAGCUGCUGCUAUCAAGAAUGGAAACAUGGAAAAGGCUAGGAUGGCCGAAGACGCAAUUGAGACUAAAAUUAAGCCUUGGCAGUUGGCUGAAAUCGUGGAGCCUGUCCAGUGUAAGCUGGUGACUUUACCAGAAAGCAUGGACAGUUUCAGCAAGGUUGCUCGACUUCUUUACACCAAUAAUGGUAUUGGGGUUUUGGCGCUUGGUUCAAAUGGUAUCCAGAAAAUCUGGAAGUGGAGUCGCAGUGAGCAAAACCCUAGCGGGAAGGCCACUGCCAGUGUGGUUCCGCAACAUUGGCAACCAAGCAGCGGUCUUCUUAUGACUAAUGAUGUCCCAGGUGUCAACGCUGAAGAAGCUGUACCAUGUAUAGCACUUUCGAAAAAUGAUUCAUACGUAAUGUCGGCCGCUGGUGGAAAGGUGUCAUUGUUUAACAUGAUGACAUUCAAGGUCAUGACGACAUUCAUGCCUCCUCCGCCUGCCUCAACCUUCUUGGCAUUCCAUCCCCAAGACAACAACAUCAUAGCAAUUGGAAUGGAGGACUCAACCAUUCACAUAUACAAUGUUAGAGUAGACGAGGUUAAAUCAAAAUUGAAGGGUCAUGUGAAGCGCAUAAGUGGUUUAGCAUUUUCAACCAUUCUUGGUAUCCUGGUAUCAUCUGGUGCUGAUGCUCAGCUGUGUGUCUGGAGCAUUGAUACCUGGGAGAAGAGGAAGACUGUCACAAUACAACUUCCAGCUGGUAAGGCAGCUACUGGUGAUACACGAGUCCAGUUUCACUCUGACCAGACCCGUUUGCUAGUGUUCCAUGAAACCCAGCUAGCAAUAUAUGAUGCCUCUAAAAUGGAAUGCAUUAGACAGUGGGUCCCCCAGGAUGCAUUGUCUGCACCGAUAUCCUAUGCAGCAUACUCGUGCAAUAGUAUGAUAGUUUAUGCUUCCUUUUGUGAUGGCAACAUUGGAGUAUUUGAUGCGGACACUUUGAAACUUAGAUGUCGUGUGGGCCCUUCAGCAUACCUUUCUCAGGCUCAAUUGAAUGGGAGCCAAGCUGUUUAUGCGCUAGUGGUAGCUGCCCACCCACAAGAACCCUUUCAGAUUGCUGUAGGGUUGAGUGAUGGAACCGUUAAAGUGAUAGAGCCAGCCGAGUCAGAAGGCAAGUGGGGAGUGUCUCCACCUGCCGAUAAUGGGUUGCUAAAUGGCAGAACGGCCUCUUCGUCUGCUACAAGCAGCCACACUCCUGAUCAAAUACAAAGAUGAAGCUCUCCAGAAAAUCCUGUCUGUACAUUGUUGAAAUUCUUUAUUUAGUGUACUAGUUUACUACAGUUUAGUGAGUAGACUCUAGGAUUGUGAUCUUCAGAUAAUGUUUUCUCAGCAAGGAUAAAGACACACAAUGUUUAGACAGAAUUGGUUAGAGAGGUGCAUUCUUGUAUCAUUAUCUCUUGUCCAAUUGAAAUUGAACUGGGCCUCUGUAUUUUAGAAAACUGUAUAUGAGUUCUUCUGUCUUGAUGACAUUGUAUUUCUAGAAAGAUUUACAGAUGCUUUGAGCAAUUGCUCUGCAAGGGAAUGAAUCGUUAAUCAAGCAGUAUUAUAACCAUGUA